AAGUGGUGGUAAAAGAAUGACAUCACAAGGGAGAGACUCUCUCUCUCUCUCUCUCUCUCUGUCAUUACCCGUUUACUCACUUCAUUCUUUCUGAUCAUCAUAGAUUGAGCCUGACAAUAAUACAUUCUCUCACUGACAUUAACACCAGGAAAGAACCUUUCUUUUCUUAUAAUCUUUUUCUUUAUCUUUUAAGCUUUCUUUCAGUCAUAUCUCUAUGUGUUGCUUUUAUCAUUUUUUUCAUAUAUAUUUUUUUCUAGUUUUUCAUUUUCUUGAAUUCAUUCUUGGGUUUUUUUUUAAGAGAAGUUUUUUUAAAGGCUUUGUUUCUUUUUCCAUUUUUAGUAAACCCUAACGUUUUCUUGUUUGUUUCUCGAGAAAAUUCAGUUUCUUGCACCCUUUCUUUAAUUUCUCAAAGAACGAUAAAACAAAAAAACUAUUGUUUGUGGAAAAAGAAUGUUGAUAUUCUUGAUUCUUUUUUAUUUUCCUACAGUUUCUUGGGAACCAAACAUACCCUUUUUUGUUUAUUGCGCGUUUGUUGCUAUCAUGUUCAAUAAAUAAGGCAGUGCUAGUUGAAUUUGACUUUCCUUUCCUUUUUUGUUUUAUUAAUAAACCAACUCUCAAUUUCCCUGCCUUUGACAUUUUCUUUUUCUUUUUAAUAUUUUUUGAAUAGAUUAUUUCUGUGUAGAUAGGACUUCUUCUUGUUCUUUUUCUUUCUAAGUUAUACACUUUGCAUGCCGUGACAUUAUUCAAAAAUGGAAAUGAAUAAUUUCUUCUCUGAUAUUCAGUGAAAGUAGCAUCUGUAUCCAAUUAGAGUCUUAAUUAUAUAUUCUUGUGCUUUCUAUUUGGUACUGAAUCAAUCACUAAUCUGGAAUUUAUUGAUUAUCAAUACUCUUGAUCCUGUUAUCAUUGCGGUAUUUAUUCACUAAUUAUUCAUUUUUUUAAUAAUUUAUAUUCACUAAUUAUACAGUUUUUUUGGUAAUCUUUACUCUUAUGUUUUGAAUGAUUGUAUUUGAAGGCCAACUUUUGAUUUUGUUAUCAUUGAUUAACCACCAUGAUUGUUUUUUCAUUUGUAUUCACUAAUAAAGUUUGUUUUUUUUUUUUAUUUGCAUUCACUAAUUUUUCUUGACUCUGUGGUGUUCAGAGGCUUGAGCCGGAGAAGAAAAGGAUAAUCUAUGGAGGGCGGCGCAGGAAGAGGUUUGGAAUGCCAGAAGACUAUGGAUGGGAAGGUGAAUAACGGGAAUAGUUCAGAGAAGGCUAUUCCUUCUUGUUGCUUGAAGGCUAAGGCAUCUGCCCCUGAGCUUGAUGCAAAAUGCCACUCUACAGUUGUUUCUGGGUGGUUCUCAGAAUCUCAUUCUUGCUCUGGUAAAGCUAGCAAAAGGGUUUACUUCAACAACCCCAUGUGGCCCGGAGAAGCACACACAUUGGAAGUGAAAGAGAUUUUUUACCAGGGAAAGUCAGAGUACCAAGAGAUCCUGGUUUUUGAGUCAACAUCAUUUGGGAAAGUGCUUGUUCUUGAUGGUAUUGUUCAAUUGACUGAGAAAGAUGAAUGUGCAUACCAGGAGAUGAUCACUCAUCUUCCCCUUUGUUCGAUUCCAUCUCCCAAAACUGUUUUGGUGGUUGGUGGUGGUGAUGGUGGAGUUCUUGAGGAACUUUCUCGCCAUAGUUCUGUGGACCUUAUUGAUAUAUGUGAAAUAGAUCAGAUGGUUAUAGAUGUGUCUAAGAAGUUUUUUCCACAAUUAUCUGUUGGGUUUGAGGAUCCUCGUGUCCGACUUCAUGUAGGUGAUGCUGUAGAGUUUCUCCGGUCAGCUCCUGAAGGGAAGGACGAUGCCAUUAUUGUUGAUUCGUUAGACCCUAUAGGUCCUGCUCAAGAGCUUGUAGAAAAGCCAUUUUUCGAGUCAAUAGCUAGAGCAUUAAGGCCUGGUGGUGUGCUCUGUAACAUGGCAGAAAGUACGUGGCUACAUACACAUCUUAUUCAGGAUAUGAUCUCUAUAUGCUGUGAAACAUUUAAGGGUUCUGUCCGUUAUGCCUGGGCAAGUGUUCCAACAUAUCCAAGCGGUGUGAUCGGCUUUGUCCUAUGCUCAACAGAGGGCCCGCCUGUUGAUUUCUUGAAUCCUGUCAAUCCUAUCAAGAAGUUAGAAGGAGCUACCAAGCAUAAAAAAGAACUCAAGUACUAUAAUUCUGAGGUUCACUCAGCUGCCUUUGCAUUGCCAAGAUUUUUGAAGAGAGAGGUGAGCUUACUCCAAGACCAAGGGAGGUGAGCUAACUCCAUGAUCCCCAUCAAAAGGAGACCACACUCUGUAGUUUUUUUGUGGCUUUGGCCAUUGGAUUUUUAUUAUAUCAGCCAGGGACAUUAUAGGAUAUUGAACAUAAGUUACUGAACUUAAAUGGAAUCAGGUAACAGAGAAGAGGACUUUGAUUCA